AUGUCCGGCUCUACUCCCCAAAGAACGUCCCUUCGACAGGGCUUGCGCCAGGCGCCCAAAGUUAACCAACCCUUCAUCCCCGACACAGCCCCUUCUCGCCGAUCGCAUCAUCAUUUCACAUCUCCGCCUCCGUCCAUGUCCCCACAUAUGAGCCUCAACCCAGCGGCCAAUCCACACAGCGCAAGUUUCGCCGUCGAAAGUUGGGAUGGAAAAGCCCAGACACAAUUGCCGAUGUCAACGCGGGAGGUGCCGACACCAGGAAACCGACCGACCCUCUUUGCCAAUCUCUAUGAUCGGAAUAAGACGGCCAGGCAGCCUGACUUUUAUGAUCCCUACUUUCCUUUGAAGUUUCUCGAGGUUCCACGCACGGACCACAUCUAUAAACGUGCGCACUAUGGCCUCCAGUCAGGCAUUCCAGACGAGGUCGACUUUGCUCUAUACCAUCUCGUCCAGAUCUCCAACCAGAGGUGGGACAAGUUCAAGUUCGAGGGCUUCCCAUUGCUUGCCGAAAUCCUCAUGCAAAAGGCACUGGACGUUACAUACCUUUGCACUGGUGUGCGAUGGGAGUUUGAAUAUGACCCCCGAAAUCUUACUGACCGGGUCAAUGUGUUGAACUCACUUCACGGAACGCGGGAUAUCCUCGAGAGAAUCCGACAGGUCCCGACAAACCUUCCAACUGACACCCUCGAAACUUACGAGUUCAACCACCAGAUCCGGAAUAUCAAGGAGGCGACUCUAGUAUUGCGAAAUAUGGUGUUGCUGAAGGAGAAUGCGUUUUACGUCUCGCGUUACGCAAGUGGUCUCCUCCGAGACUUUUUGGUCAUCCUCAUGAACACGCCGAACCAGCCUCGAUUCAAUGAGAUCAAGAACGAUGCGCUGGACAUUGCGGAAGAAGUGACCAAGUUCAUGAGAACAGAUCCUCAAGAUCCUCUUUGGAUCUCCCUUGUCAACUGUUUGGAUUCAACUGAUCGCGCCCGCAUUGUGCGAGCGCUCUGGGCCUUGACGCACUUCUCUACAGAGCUCCCCGACGACGAUGGCACCCGAGCCAUGGAAAGCCUUUCGAAGCCUACUUUGCAACAGUUAUAUUACCACACGCUAUUGGACCUCGACAAGGACAUCCUGAGCGGCGCGCUCGAUAUUUGGUACCAAUACACUCUCAGUCAUGACAACAUUGAGACCCUCAUGGAUGUCAUCAACUUCCCGAUUGUCUUUGUUCCUCGCAUGAUCGCACUUCUCACCUAUGAAGCCCGACCGACUAAGAAAGAAACUGUUCUUCAAGAAGAGAAAGUCGCUCCUCCACCAUCCGAGAUUCCACGAGUGCCACCGGAGCUCUUGGAGAAGCUGAUGGAACUGUCAGAACCGGAGCGUAGCUCGCAGUGGCUUCGCUGCUGCUUUGUCGAGGAUGCAGAGUGUGAGAUCACACAAAUUGCCCUGUGGCAAGCCUACCAGAGCCGGUUUGCAGACCAACGUGUCCCCGGCGGUGGAGUACUCCCUGCUGCGGAGUUCAUCAAGAACGUCAGCAACACGUUCACCAAUGCUCAAGCCCAGGUUAUCAACGGCCCCGGAACUGCAACCAAGUUUAUUAUCAAGGGCAUCCGCCCUCUUGAAACCGCUUAUACCUUUGAUGGCUUCCCUUAUUGCUAUUGCAGGUGGGCUGACAACUCCAAGGCGUCGAAGAUGUGCUUCCGCGCUUUCACAUCUCCCAACGACCUUCGCAAACACGUCUUCACGGAUCACAUGAACCUGGAGCCCUCAGAUACACCGGGCCAAUUCAAGACAGAACCCGCCGAGACCCCCAUUCAUACCUGCCAGUGGAGCAACUGCACGCGAUUCCGGGCUUCCGGACCUAGUGCCAACACUGCCAUGAUUGCGGGCCACGUCUCUUCCCACCUGCCCGAGAACCGACCUGCGGAUGCACCGCCUCCAAGCACCAAGCGUGCUAUCCUCCAGGAGCGCAUCGUCCGCAAAUGGUACUACAUGGACACUCCGAUCAACGAAAAAGGCGAGCCCAUAGGUGUGGCCUACAAGGCCGCGUUGGUCCUGCGCAACAUCGCACGCGGUCUUCCCCACCGGAACGCCCCCAAGUGCGGCAGUCUGUCCUGGAAGAAGGCAUGCUUCGUGAGCCAGCGUCCCAAGAUCGUGGAGGUCUGGGAUCGAAAUCGUGCACUGCGAAAAGAGUUGACCGAGUUGAUCAUGGUUAUUGAGAAGGAAGACGACUAUUGA